AUGUUUCUCCUCUAUAGCAUUUUGGCCAUUGUUGGCUAUUUCGCUUUUUUCCAUAAGAAAAGGAGACUGCGCCUGCCUCCCGGUCCCCCAGGGAAGUUCCUAUUUGGGAAUCUGGGAGAUCUUCCUGGACGAGAUGAACUAGAGGGUAAAUACUGGCUUCAACAUAAGAAAAUAUACGGCCCCAUCAGCUCUGUCAAUGCCCUGGGUAAAUGUAUUAUCAUCCUGAAUGAGGCCCGAUUGGCUGUGCAACUCUUGGAUAAGAGAUCUGCUCUUUAUUCCUCCCGGCCGCAACUCAACUUUAUCGAUAUGUCCGGCUGGGGGGAGAAUCUCGCGACCGCACGGAGCCCGGAGCGCGUUAGACAGAUGCGCAAAUAUAUCUCGCAGGAGAUCGGCUCAAAUCGGUCUUUGUCGCGGUUCAAUGAAAUGCAGACCAAAGAGGCGGCGUGGUUCUUGUUGCGAGUCUUGAAGUCGCCAGACAAUCUACAGCAGCAUAUCCGCAAGGAAGCCGGAGCGGUGAUCGUCAAGAUCGGGUAUGGCUAUACCGUCGAUCCGCAUUCCUCGGACCCCCUCGUGAACAUAGCUGAUCGAGCCAUGGCGGAUUUCGGGGUUGCCUUUAUUGCGUCCUCGUGGGCUGUCAACUUCUUCCCAGUGUUGAAAUACAUGCCUGCCUGGAUGCCUGGAGCGGGAUUCGUCAAAGUGGCGCAGGCCCAUAGAAAGUCAGCAGGAGCACUGAACAAUGUGCCGUAUGAGUUUGUGAAACGCCAGAUGGCUGAAGGAAAGAGUGGCAAUUCUUUUGUCUCGAAUAUUCUGCAGAACAGUCCAUCUAUCUCGGCUGGAGAGGAAGAUGUGCUCAAAUAUGCUGCAGGAUCUUUAUAUGCGGGGGGGGCAGACACAACAGUCUCCUCCCUUGCCAACUUCUUCCUUGCCAUGGCCCUGCUCCCCGAGAUACAAGACAAAGCGCAGCAGGAACUCGACACGGUCAUCGGAGAGAACCAACUCCCCCAGCUGAUCGACCAAGAAAGACUGCCGUAUAUCAAUGCGGUUGUGAAAGAGGUGCUGCGAUGGCAGCCUGUGGUACCAAUGGGGCUUCCCCAUGUCUCGAUACAAGACGACACCUGCGAGGGAUACGAUAUUCCCAAGGGAGCAAUCGUGUUGGCUAAUAUAUGGUAUUCAUCAAGCUUGAGCAGUGUGUGUGUGUUUUUCCAUAUUCUGAUUUAUGAUAGGGCCUUCACACACGACGAGACAGUCUACCAUGACCCAAUGCAGUUCAAGCCAGAGCGAUUCUUGUCUUCUGAUUCUUCCGGCCCUGAACAAGAUCCGCAUUCGCUGGUGUUUGGAUUCGGCCGGCGCGUCUGUCCUGGACGAGCAUUGGCGGACGCAAAUAUCUUCCUUGCCAUCGCUCAGUCGCUGGCUGUCUUUAGGAUCUCAAAGCCUGUACGUGACGGCAACGAAGAAGAGAUCAAUCCCCGCUGGCUGCCGGGUCUUCUGUGCCAUCUUGCGCCUUACAAGGUGUCUGUCCAGCCGCGGAGUGAGGUCCAUCGUGAGAUCGUUCUCUCUCUUGAACGCGAGUAUCCAUGGGAGAAGAGUGAUGCAGAGGGUUUGCAGGAGAGUGAUAUAUCUGUUUAA